AUGUCGGAUGUGUCGAGAGUGCUCGGUCCCUUUAUCAUCGGCUCAGCAGUCGGUGCAAUCGCUACUUCGCUGCUCCUUCGACGUCAACCAAAGACCCUUGAAAACCUUAAAAGCGCUUCUAUGAAACUUUACAUCUACGAUCACUGUCCAUUCUGCGUGCGUGCACGCAUGAUCUUUGGCUUGAAACAAGUGCCACAUGAGCUCGUGUUCCUGGCCAACCACGACGAGACUACGCCAAUCAGUCUAGUGGGCUGUAAACAAGUGCCUAUCCUCCAAUUAUCCGAUGGUCGCGCCAUCGCAGAGAGUAUGAUUAUUGUCCAGUACGUGGACAAGCACUGUGGUGGUCCGUCCGUGCUAUCUCCGUCUGCUAAUCGACCCGAGAUUCGGCAGUGGAUCACGGACACAGCAGACGUGUUUCGCCUUCUGUACCAUCCAAGGUUCCAGGCUGCUCCAUUUGCUGAGUUCGCUACACGCGAGAGCCGCGAGUACUACCGCGUGAAAAAGGAGAAGAGCAUUGGUCCGUUUCAAGACGCGCUGGCCAAGACCCCAGAGCUUGUGUUGCAUGCCAACUCUUAUCUGGAGCAACUGGCCUUAAUGUUCCACACGAAACACACGGUGAACGAAACGCUGAGCUACGACGAUGUUGACUUGUUUGGUCGACUGCGUGGGUUGACGAUCGUGCGUGGCUUGAAGUGGCCACCUCAGCUUCGCGAGUACAUCGACAACAUGUCAAAGAAAACGGACAUUCUUCUGCUGGACAAUAUGGCUGUGUGA